CCAGCUGAAUUUGUAAGCCCCGGCCACAACUCGACGGGUUCUUACAUCUAGUUUGAAUCAAAACUCAGACUAAAAUGAUAAUUUACUCGUUAAUAACUAAAUUGUUUAAAAACACCGCAUUUAGAGAAAAAAAAAAAAAAAAACAAAACAAACUCAUCGUUGACCAGCUGCCAGUGUAGUCAACAAGUGCGGCGGUCCAAUAAUCCAUGUCAAACUGUCAGUCAGUCAGUCAGUUAAUCGCUCAUCGGCGGCGAUCGGAAAUGGAGAGCACCGGCGGCGAUGUUUCCCCUUAUGAGCUGCUGUUCAAAGGCCUAACGCUCAUUCCGGUUUCUCUUUACCUGCUAAUCGCGUUUCUAAUUUUUCUCAUAUUUGCUUACAAUCUACUCGAAUUCCAUAUUAUCCAUGACAUUUUUAGCGCUUUUGGAGGUAAUCACGUAUCUCUUACCUGCGAUUUUUCCUCUGAUUUGUACCGUGAAGUUGUAUCCAAGUGCCACCUGCUUCACGGAAGAUACUUGUCAACUCCAUGGCUUUCUAGUCCGCAUCUUCAGACUAUGUUGCUGCAUCUUCUGGUAAAGACUCAUAACUUCACCUACAAAAGAGAGCUAUUUAUCUCAUCUGACGGAGGAACAAUAGCUUUGGACUGGCUGAUGAACUUUGAUGAGACAAAAUUUCAAGUCAAUGGAGAUAAUUUUGUUGCAAAAGCGAUUCCUCUCGUAAUAGUGAUUCCCGGCUUAACAAGUGAUUCUGAUUCUCCGUAUAUUAAACACGCUGCAUACAAGAUGGCAAAACAUGGGUGGAAUGUUGUCAUAAGCAAUCACCGUGGUCUUGGAGGCGUACCACCCACUUCUGAUUGUAUCUAUACUGCUGGAUGGACAGAGGAUUUACGUGAAGUGGUGAAUCACCUUCAUUGUACACAUCCUGAAGCUCCUCUUUUUGCUAUUGGGACUAGCCUUGGUGCAAAUAUUUUGGUUAAAUAUCUCGGCGAGGAUAAUGCCCCGCUUGUUGGGGGUGCAUCUAUCUGUAAUCCUUGGGAUAUAUUGAUGGGCGAUAGAUUCUUCGGCAGAGGGCUUAUGCAGAGAUUUUAUAAUAUAAUUUUAGCAAAUGCCUUAAAAGAUGUUGCCAAACUGCAUCGGGCCGUCUAUGCUCGUAUUGCAGAUUGGGAAGGCAUUGAAAAGGCACGUUCUGUUGGAGAGUUUAAUAAAUAUACCGGUCGAAUUACUGGAAAUUUUGAGACCGUUGAUACAUUUCAUAGAUGGGCGAGCAGUGUCCGUGUGGUGAACAAUGUAAAGAUACCACUUGUCUGCAUCAAUGCCAUAGAUGACCCUGUCUGCUCCCAUGAAGCCAUUCCAUUUGAUGAGUGUCGUAUGAACAAAAAUAUUGUUGUAGCAACCACACAACAUGGAGGACACAAUGCAUUUUUUGAAGGAAUGUCUGGGAAGAACUUAUGGUGGGUGAGGGUCAUUGAGGAAUAUUUCUCUGUUUUGCAUUCAAGCUCAUUGAUGAACAAAAAUACAGGUGCAACUGCAUUAAGGAAUAACUAACUAUUAGAUAUGUUCUAGUAUAUGAUGAAUUAAAUCUAAUUAACAUAUGGUUCUGUUGUGCUUGUGCCUAUUUAUAAAUAACCCAUUUUUCAUAUUUAGCAUGUAAAUUAUUAUCUAACUUACAAUAAAAGACUCCAAAUAAUGGCACAUGCCACAU